CUUUUGGACCUCGUAGUGUUUUGUUGUUGAGAAAUUUUUCUAGUGCAGUGAAAAAAGGCGCACACGGAAGGAAAUUUAUUUUUCUUACUUGGCUCAUGUGAAAAAAAUUAACAAUUUAUUAAAAGUGUUUUACUAAAAAAAAUCCAUAAAAUAUCCCAAUAAAUUUUAAUUAAAGAAAAAUUAUAUAGAAAUUAAAAUUAACACACAAAAGUUUCAAUUUUCUUUUAUCCAAAAGAAAAUCCAACAAUUUUUCGCAAUUUUUUUUUCUUCAAUUUUCAAUCAUCUCUCCUUUUAAACGUUUUCAGUGUGUGAAGAAAAGUGUAAAAGAAAAAAUAAUUGUGUUUGUUUAAAUAUCCGUAAGCGGAAAUGAGUCAAAACUAUAGAGUUUAAAAGAUGACUGUGUUUUUGCCACAAGGAGUUUUUUUUCCGUUUACCUGCUCGACAGGAGGCUAUAUUUUGCCUGAGAAUAAAUAAAUAAAAGAAAAUGUUUAUUAAUGGAAUGUUAAAUAGUGAAAAAAUCGCUUAAAAGUUUAAAAUUUUGUAAACUCCAAAGUGAAAAUAUGUUAAAAAAGUGCUAAAAACAAAUAAAUAUUAAAAUAAAGGUUUAUAAAAUAUGAAUAAAGGAAAUUGCUUAAAAGAAAGCAAAAAGAAAAUAAACAAAUAAAACUUUUAUGAAGAAAAAAAAAACGUAAUAAUAAAGUGAAUGAAUCAACAAAUAAAUUGAGAAUAAAAAGAAAAAACUCUAUUGAUAAAAAGGAAAUUAAUUAAAAUAAAUGAUAUUUAAAAGUUAUGCAUGCCAAUGCCAUGAUAAAUAUUGAAAAAAUAUAAUGGAAACUUUAAAGAAAUUUGAUAAUCCUGGUGAUUGUCAAACAACCGGUACAAUUUUAAUCGAAACGGUUAAUAAAAAUAAAACAUUAAAUAAUGAAAAUCAAAAUAUUCAACAUAUGAUGGAUAGUGCAACAGCAACAACAAAUGCAGCCACAACAAUUAUUGUUAAACAUGCUACAACAACAACACCAACGCCCACGGCAACAAAUAAAUUAAAAUCCCAACAGCAACAACAUCAAUUUCGUGCACCACAACAAUUUGUUAAACAUAAGAAAUCAUCAGCGGCUGGCAGCAGCAACAAUAAUAGUACGGCUAACACAACCACCAGUGCCGCCAGUUCUAGUCUAAAUAAUAAUAAAAAGAAUAAAUGUUGGAAUAAACGUCAACAUAGAACAGCCAAACAAAACAAUAGCAACAACAUCACAAACACCAGCGCCCUAGCUAAGAAGACAACCUCCUCCUCCUCCACGAAUCCAACAACGGCAACAACAGCAGCAGCACCAGCAAAUGUUUUAACCGCAACAGCAGCGGCCACAACAACAAUACUAAAUGAUGGCCCAGAUAAUGAAAAUGAAACAACGAAAACAAAUCUAUCAGCCACAUCAAAAGCCGAUUUGGAAAAUAUACAAAAUCUUAAAAAUCAAGUAGGAGGUCAUUACCACCAUCAUCAUCACCACCAACAUCCACAUCAUGCUCAUCAUCAUUAUCAUAAUCAACAGCAUGGUGCUUCUUCCAAUACCCUUAAUAGCAUUGAUUUACGUAUGUCAGCCGGUGGUCAAGGCGCUGGUGGUGUUGGUUUUCCACCAUUAGCUUUAUCGGCCAUGGCUUCGGAGAAAUUAGGUUAUGGCCAUGGCCACUGCAAGCAAAACCAACAGCCCAUGCAUAAAAAACCUUUGCCACCACACCGCUCUAGUGGUGGUUUGAGUGGUAAUCAUCAUCAUAUUUUAUGUGCCGGCUCGGCUCACAAUACUUUGGGCUCAGUGGGUCCGGUAGCCGGUAAUGCCGGAGCUGUUUCGGCCACAAAUCUAACUUGCUGCCACAUUAAUGGUUGUCCCUCUCACAAUACCAAAGACGCCAGUUCAGCCAAUAAUUCCACCGCCUCCAGUGCGGCCUCAGCUCUACAUAUUUGCUGCUUACGUUCCAAAUUCUUUUUGCCGGACAAAAGACCACGUAAGGGCAAUUUUAUACCGCCUACGAAAUUUCUACUGGGCGGCAAUAUCUCAGAUCCCUUAAAUCUAAGCUCUUUGCAAAAUGAGGCCUCAAAUGCCUCCUCCAACAAUAAUACGCCGGCCACCACACCCCGGCAAUCGCCCAUAACCACACCACCCAAAGUGGAAGUCAUUAUACCGCCUAAUAUACAUGAUCCCCUACAUCUAUUGGAUCCUGUAGAUUCUAUGGAAUAUGAAAAGCAAUUAACUUCACCCAUGAAGCGGGGCAUCAGCCUGCAAGCCUCUCUAGCUUUAGGCCUACGUGGUGGUCAAACUAAAUCGCACAAGCACAGGCAUCGCAAAAAUCGUAAACCCAAAAGACGUCGUUAUGAUUCAUUAAAUUCUACCACCAGCACUACCACCACCAUCGAUUCAUUGGAUGAACCCACAACUAAUCUCUUAAGCAACACCUUAAGUACUGAAAAGGGCGUCUCAAUGGAUGUAGAAAAUAUUUGCCACAGACAAGAUUCCCUCAUCUCCGCCAAUUCGGCGGGUAGCGAUGAUGAAGAGUUAACAGAAAAUGAGUUACAUUCACCACAGGAAAAACUCUCAAUAACUGAAAACAUAAAUAAUUCUAUCGCCAUUAACAUGGCCAACAAUCUUAAUACAACAGCUAACGCUGCUUCCGUAACUACUAGCACUGUUGCCCAUGCUGCCACAACCAACACUGCCACCGAAGACAAUUGUAAUAAAAUCAAAGUAACAGAUCAACAAACUAUACAAAAUCCUCCUAUUCCUACAUUACCAGCACAACAACUUCAGGAACUACAACAAAAACAGGAAAUUACCAGCACAGUUGAGUUGUCCAUUUCUAACAGCAACAGCAACAAUAAUGCCGCUGCUUCGUCUGCUGCUACUGCUGUACUCUCAGAUGUAGCUGUGGCUAGAGAACGCGCAUGUCGUGAUUUACGCUUGGAUUUAGUAUCCACCACAACUUGUAGUGGUGGUAGUGCCAGUGCCACUUCAUGUGGUAGUUCGGUUGUAAGUGCUGGUGGUGGCGGUGGUAGAAAACGUAAAAUAAGUGAGAGUAAUUCUCAGAAAGGAAAGAAAUAUUUCCGCAUGGAUUCCAUGGAUAAAAUUGUUAGCCCAGUGGUGCCACAGCCAGGUGCUUGGAAGCGACCACCACGAACCACCGCUACUGGAGCGAGGAAAUCUCAACGCCGUUCCACUUCGAUCAGUGAAAGUGUCCAGACAGAUCUAAGUCCCAUAGAAGAAGCAAGCAAACAGCUAGUGGAGGAAAUACCGCGUGAUGAUACACCCGAAUUGCCGAAAGUGGAAAUAUUUGCAGAAACUGGUGUUCUGUUGGGCAGUCCUUUAAGUACUGCCUCUGUAGCCACUUCCACGACCACCGCCGCCGAGCCGGAAACCACAAGCGAACUAACCAGCGAAGCUGUCGAUACCAAAAAUGCUUUAAUUUUAGCGGAAACGGUUAAAAAGGAAAUGAUUUCAUCCAACAUUUCCAUUAAAUCUCUACCCAAAUUCCCAGCGGAUGGCAAACAGUACCGCUAUGGCAAUUAUGAUCGUUAUGCUGGCCUUAGGCAUCUUAAUGAAUUUAUGGACAUACGUUUGCAGGUGUUUUUACAGUAUCCAGAGCUGUUUAAGAACAAGGAUAUUUUAGAUAUAGGCUGUAAUGUGGGUCACAUGACCAUAACGGUGGCUAGAAAGCUGGCACCUAAAUCUAUUUUGGGCAUAGACAUAGACAAGGAAUUGAUUGCCAGAGCAAGACGCAAUUUAGCCAUGUAUGUGCGAAUACCACAGGAGAUGAUAAAGAAAGAGUUAAUGGAAGCUACAGACAGCAUGGACAACACAAACAAUAUGAGCGAUGUUAAGCAAAAGAAGGGACGUAGACGACGUAAAAAGAAAAAACAACUGCAACAACAGCAGCAGCAUCCACAACAAGCCCACAAUCAUCAUCACCAUCAUGGCCACGGCCAUGGCAAUCACUAUGAAAAUUGGCAACAAUUCCAACAUCAUUUACUGCACUAUCAUCUGCUGCAUCAUCAUCACCACCACCAUCAUCAUCAUCACUUGUAUUUGCAGCAGGAGAAUUCCAAUGUUGAUGCCUCCGAUUUCUUUCCUAUAUCAUUUCCACUCACUUAUGGUGGCAUAACCACCACCACUACCCCACCACACUCCUCUGCCACCAAUUACACUUCCAACAAAGCCUCUACUAGUCCCCAAAAUAUUGAAUCUCAAUCACCUGCUUCAACAUCCACCACCACCCGCAGCACACCCGGUCAUCCGGCCACCUCAACGGCCAGUCACAAGGCCAAUACCACACACUCAACAUCAACGCAUAAGCUUAAUCAGUCCAAAGCGAAAAAUGAUUUUCCCCACAAUGUCUUCUUUCGUCAAACGAAUUAUGUGCUAAAAGAUGAAUCACUGUUGGCCAAUGAUACCCAGCAGUAUGAUCUCAUUUUAUGUUUGUCCAUUACCAAAUGGAUUCAUUUGAAUUUCGGUGAUGCCGGUCUUAAGUUGGCCUUUAAGCGUAUGUUUAAUCAAUUGAGACCGGGUGGUAAAUUGAUAUUGGAGGCUCAAAAUUGGGCUAGUUAUAAGAAAAAGAAGAACUUAACGGAGGAAAUUUACAAUAAUUAUCACAAUAUUGAAUUCUAUCCAAAUAAAUUUCAUGAAUAUCUGCUAAGUUCCGAAGUGGGCUUUAGUCAUAGUUACACUUUGGGCAUUCCAAAACAUUUGAGUAAAGGUUUUAGUCGUCCUAUACAGCUCUAUGCCAAAGGUGAUUAUACACCGAAUCAUGUGCGCUGGUCUGAUGCCUACUAUCCACAGACACCAUUCGAAGCAUACCGUGGCAUUUAUGCCACAAUGCCACCACGUCCUACAGGAAUGCAAUCAUCCUAUCCUCUAAUCUCUUCCACAAGAUCACAAAACUAUGAUACACCACAUUAUUCAGGAGGUGGUGGUACAUCGGGACCCUAUAGUUGCCGUCAAACACCCAUGCAUCAGCCAUCAACAUCACAAUAUUAUAAUCCCCUUGAAUCGGAUUCGUAUCAACCUUCAUACGAUAUGGAAUAUCUAAAUCACAUGUAUGUCUUCGCUUCACCACUCUAUCAAACUGUUUGGUCACCACCGACCAGUAUGCGUAAAAGUUCUUCACAUACGCCCGCUUUUGGUAGUGUACGAGAUGCUGAAUUCGAAGGUGAUGGUAAUGUUAUGACCGGUGGCAGCUAUCAUCGUCAUGUCUAUCCACCCAAUGAAGACACCUCAUCACCAAAUGCCAAUGCUAUUAAUGCUUUCAAUUCUAUACGUGAUCCCGAUACGGACGAUUCGAAUCAGCAGCGACCACAUGUCUAUGCCACAAAUUGUGGUGAAAGUUCUUCAUCACCUCAUCCAACUUCGAAUCCAAAUGAUGCAGAAGCUAUAGAGGAGAGUUUAAUGUUAGACGAUGAUCGAUGUGAUUUAAGCGAAGCUUAAACUUUUUAUGUAUGAGUAUUUUCCUCAAGAUAUGCCUAAAUAGUUAAACACAUCAUCAUCAUCAUCAUUACAAAUUUAUUUAGUAGAUUUUGCAAAGCAGAUUAUGUAUAAAAAGAAAACUGUA